AACGUCCGCCACCAGGUGUCUCCAGGGCAUCGCCCCGUCUGUUUUUAUUUGUCAACAAAGCUCCGCUUUUCGGCGGAAAAUCUGGCUGUCGGCCGAACCUCGUGCCGAAAUUUGGUUUUCACGGGGUUUUUGAACGUUCGGGAGCCGUUUUGACGAGUCGGCAUAAGAGUCAAGACUGGUAUUAUUGCUGGCUGUCGGUCGAGCUGUUUUGAAGGAGGCCUUUUCCAUCCGCGCCGGACAUGGAGGACAUUUUCCAAUGGACCCGCGAGGGAAACGCCAUGCAAGUGCGAGUCUGGCUCGACGACACCGAACACGACCUUAACCAGGGUGACGAUCAUGGCUUCAGCCCACUGCACUGGGCUUGCAAGGAGGGCCACACAAAAAUUGUCGAGCUGCUGAUCCAACGAGGAGCCAGAAUCAACGUGACAAACCGAGGAGAUGACACUCCUCUCCACUUGGCCGCUGCCCAUGGACACAGAGAAAUUUUACACCACUUGCUGCGGAACAAAGCUGACGUCAAUUUUACCAACGAACACGGAAACACCCCUCUGCACUACGCCUGCUUCUGGAAUUACCAGUUGAUUGCCGAGGACUUGGUAGCUCAGGGCAGCCUGGUCUCCAUAGCCAACAAAGAUGGCGACACUCCCCUGGACAAAGCCAAAGGCCAGCUCUCAAAGCAGCUUCACGAGCUGGCAACUUCCAACGGCCAAGAUCUGAAGAAAAUCCAGUUCAAGGAUCAGAGCUGGUUGGGCAUGAAGACUCGCAGCCGAGACGCAACCUUGUCGAGACACAGGGGCAUUGACAUCGGAGAACUCUCUCUGCACACAAGAAUUGCGGAGGGUCCGUCUGGUGAGACGUGGAAGGGUCGCUGGCAGAAAAACGACAUUGUGGCCAAAAUCCUGGCGGUCCGAGAAUGCACCCCUCGCAUUUCGAGGGACUUUAAUGAAGAAUUCCCAAAACUCAGAAUCUUUUCCCAUCCCAAUGUGCUUCCCGUUCUCGGCUGCUGCAACUCGCCACCGAGACUGGUGGUCAUCAGCCAGUGGCUGCCCAACGGCUCUCUUUUCCGCCUUCUGCACGAAGAGACAGGCGGUCUCGUUGUUGACAACGCCCAAGCUCUUCGAUUCGCCCUCGGAGUUGCUCGAGGAAUGGCCUUUUUGCACUCGAUCGAGAGGAUCACUCCCCAGUUCCACCUCAACUCAUACCACGUCAUGAUCGAUGACGACCUCACUGCCAAAAUCAACAUGGGCGAUGCCAAAUUCUCCUUCCAAGAGAGAAACAGAAUUUACCAGCCUGCUUGGAUGUCUCCAGAAGCCCUGUCAAAGGGACCGAAAGAGCGGAACUGGGAGGCUUCCGACAUGUGGUCUUUUGCCAUCCUGCUGUGGGAGUUGGCCACUCGCGAAGUGCCUUUUGCUGACCUUUCACCAAUGGAGUGUGGCAUGAAGAUUGCCCUGGAAGGUCUUCGAGUUGCUGUUCCGCCUGGAAUUUCAGCCCACCUGAGCAAACUGAUCAGGAUCUGCAUAAACGAGGACCCUGGCAAGCGGCCCACUUUUGACAUGGUCAUGCCCAUUCUUGAGAAAAUGCAACGCUAAACGCAACGACCGUCGCCUUGAAUUGGAUGCCUUCGAAAAAGUGCUUCUAUGUGUAAAUCAUAUUUGAAAAAAAAUUCUGCCUUUUUCAUCAGAAGAUCAAAAUUUGCACUAAUUGUGACUUAUAGAUAAUAAUCACUCUUCUUAAGAGAUCUAGCCUGUAAAAGUUAGGAGAGCUGUCAGUAUUAUAUUUCUUGUUGAUAUUUUUAAUAACAAAAUUAAUCUACUAGCACACUAGUCUGGACUCAAAAACUGUAUUUGAAAACGUCGUAAUUUUAAUUUAUUAACGCCGCAUUUUUCUCUUGUAAAAAGGCACUGCAGCCGUAUUUUGCACUUAUUGUUGAUUUUUAUCCAUAUGCAUAUUUUAUGUAAAACCAUUUUUUGAACUGAUUAACAAGCACAAAUGUUGAUAACCAGUAAUCUCACACGACUCAGCCUUCCGACAAGUUCAUUUUGUACUGUUUUAAUUACACCAAACCUUUGUGCCAUUAAGAGAGAGAUAGUAUUUUUUAUAUUCAACAGUUUAACUUUUGGAUUGUUUUUGAUGCACAAAAUGAUAAUUAUUGUACAUCAGUGCCUUCAUAGACAUCAUCAAAUUCACCUUUGUGAGUUCAUGAUCUUGCGUCUGCAUAAUCACCUUCGGGAGUUAAAUAAGAAAUGACUCUGUGUCUAUUAUUGUUGGCUAAAUAAAAAAUAUAAUUAUU